AUGACCGUGUGGAUGGUCUUUGUGCCGCUGGCUGUGGGUGUUGCGGCAUACGGCCGCCAUUUUGAUAAGCCCUGGUGGGCCAAGGCACACAUGUUGAUUAUGGGAUUUGGCGUCGCCAUACCCAUGACUGCCGCCGCGAUUCUUGGUAUCGUCGCAACGAAAGGAUUUCUUCCCAGAGCCCACCUGAUACUCGGUACCAUUAUCAUCCUCGGCGCAUGGUUCCAGAUUGGACUUGGAAUUGUAAACCAUAUCAUUUUCCGCAUUCACGGUCGUGCCAAAGGUGCAAAGCGACCAGUACAGAAUGCUAUCCACGUGUGGCUUGGCCGCUUGCUGGGCAUUUUAGCCAUGAUCAACAUUCCGCUGGGUAUUUAUCGUGGUACAUUGGCUAUGCGAUAUGGGUGA